AUGCCGCCAGCUUCUUCCAAUCUUGUCUCUAAGGAUCGAUUUGCUCAUUUGUUCGGCGGUUUACGGACUCAGAGCUAUCCAGAUCCCAGCGCGCGAGGUCCAGGCUCGCAUAGUAUCCGUACUCUGGCAUGGAAUCCUACGGGGACUCUGAUCGCAACCGGAUCUGUUGAUCGAACACUGCGCAUCUGGAACCCGGAACGACCCGAUGUGAGAUACUCGACCGAGUUGCGCGGCCAUUCUUCCGGCAUCGAGCAGGUAGCGUUUAAUCCAGUCAAGGAAUCUGAACUAGCCAGCUGUUCUAAGGAUGGGACUGUUCGUUUCUGGGAUGUGCGCGCAAAGAACUGUGUUGGCCGUGUGGAUGUCGGAGGGGAGGCAUUUUCACUUGCAUGGGCCCCAGAUGGAACUGUCCUGCUGGCUGGGAGAAUGGAUGACACAUUAGUCCCCAUAUCCGUCGAGCCAAUUGCCAGCCCUGCCGGCACUACUCCCAACGCUCCAAAGGCACCAUCAACCUACAAGGUGCUGCCUCACCAUAAACAACCUGUUCGUACCAAUGGAAUUGCGUUCUCGCACUCUUUCGACGCCGACCUUUUCCUUACUACUGGCGAAGGAACGGUCAAAAUCCAAUCUUACCCAUCUUUCACCACUCUCCAUACACUCAAUGCACACACGGCCGCUUGUCUUUGUGUCUCACUUGCACCAACUGCAAGGUAUCUAGCCAUCGGCGGAGGCGACUCACUAAUUUCCCUCUGGGAUACGACAAACUGGGUGUGCCAACGCACUGUCUCGAGUAGUGGCGGCGGAGCCGUUCGCGGCAUCAGCUGGAGUUGGGAUGGCCGGUUUAUCGUGAGUGCCUGUGAUGAAGUUGACUGUGGAGGCACUGGUUUGGAAAUCUUCCACGCAGAAACUGGAGAUAGCGUUUACACCAUCCCUACAGGCAACCCCAACGUCGGUGUCCCUGCCGUAGCCUGGCAUCCAUCCCGAUAUUGUCUUGCAUAUUCCCUUUAUGCAGAGGGUAUUGGAAGUGGCAAUAACGGACUGCGUAUCGUUGGUGCCGGUGCGGGUGACUUUUGA